UGGGAACGCGUCGUCGGAGCCACGAAUUAAACUGUAGGUCCACAACCCGCCACAUCAAUCCACAUCAAAUCAAUGAUCGAUGGUUCACCCCAUUUUCGCCACAUUCGUCGACCGCAUAUAAGGCAAACAGAAAGCAGACGUUUUCCUUGUCCUCUUACUUUUCUCUCCUUCAACUAGCUCUGCUCACAACACUCAGUCAGCGCAAUUAUUGAACACCUAGCGUCAUGUCCCCUACUGGCGAGACAGGCACAUCGGCUACUCCGCCACGCGCCAAUGCAUCAAAUCAAGGUGGUAGUAAACUAGAGUCCACCCCAAACAGCCGUGGGGCUUCCGUCGUCAGCGAGAACAUCAGCUUGGUCGGUGUCCAGGUUAAGGAGGUCUGGCCAUGGAUUCAGAGAGACAUCGAGCAGGCCAAGCAGUGCAAGACAGAUGUCAUGUUGCAAGCCCUCCUACAGCGCGCGUCUUGCGCGCCGGAGACGAAACAGCCUGAGCUCCUGCAAAAGUGCCUGAAGGGAGUUCUUCCGGUUUGCAAUGGACGGGUCUCCGCUGGAGGCAUAUCCUCUUCGGGCAUCGAGGCAGCCUUGAAAAAAUACGUAUGUCCAGGAGUAGAAAACGACUUCUACGGCCCUUUUAUUGAUGCGACGAACAUUGGGCUCGCUUGUCUUGAAGAGAUCAAGAUUGACGGGAUGCGCGCUCCUGUCUCCGCCGUGGACAUGAUCUUCCAGCAGAACGACAUGCCCAUGUAUCAAACCCACCAGACGGCGAGAUCAAUCCGGAAGCCCGACAUUGUCAUCCUUCCUUUGAAGAGCGCAUGCGCAUCCUUCCAGGAUGAUAACGGCAGCAAGACGGGCAAACAGAAAGAUAAACGGAAGGCCGCCCAGGAGGAUGACCAGAAGGACGAUACAAAGGACGGUCAGAAGCGUAAGGAUCACAUGGUCAAGAACGCAAAGGCAAAGGCAAAAAACCUUCGCUGGAAAGAUGUUUUGGCUUGCAUCGAGUUCAAGAGAAAGACGAAAGAGAUUAAGUCGCCGCCCUCUUCGUAUACAGUGACAGACCAUGUCCCUACUAAACCAGAACAUCUGCCGGUGGGUCAUCUCAAGGCUGAAGUGCCUACGCCAGGCCCUUCGCAGACCAUAGCAACACAACCUGCGUCCGAUACCGCGCCAGUUCAAUCUUCCGGCCUCACUGCUGCACAGACUUCCAAGGGCGGGUCCAGCUCCAAGCGCAAGGCCGCGGACACUUUGGAAUCUACCGCGAAAAAAUCCAAGGUCAAUCUUGACGAGCCAGAUGUGACCGUCCAGACGGGUCUGUACGCCGCAGAAAUGUUUGCGGCCAAUGUUGCCGUCGAACAUCUGAUUAAUUUCAUCGUUGUCGACGAUGUGAUCUGGACCUGGUAUUAUGAUCGCCAGGGCACCGUCCAAAGCUCGGGAAUUAACUUCAUUCAAGAUCUCCCGCGAUUCAUGGUGCUGUUGUAUGCGUUACAACGCUUCAAGGUCCACGAUUGGGGCCGAAACAAGCACUUCCUCCCGGUUGAAGUUGAGGGGAAGCAAUGUCACGAAUUCAAAAUCAAGGACGAAGAACUUGGAACGGUGGAUCUGUUGCUUCACACCAGCCACCCCGAAAGAGUGACGCACUACGGACUACAAGGGCGGGCGACCAACGUGGUUCCUGUCACUAGCGAAGCGCUCACUAAGAAAUAUGGUAACUUCGAGGAUGGAAUGGUGGCCAAGAUAUUUUGGGGAGAGGCGAGUCGCACCAGCGAGCCGGAGAUCUUGAAAAAGGUUGAGGAGAUCGCUAAGAGGCACCCGACUGUCGAAGGGCAUAUUCCGCAGCUGCUCUGGCACCACAAAUUCACGAAUCCCACGUCCGCCAUUCGAGAAGCGCUCGGUGUUCCUGAACCCACCACGGGAGGUCGCGUGCUCUACAUUCUUGUGUUCCGCAAGCUCCACCCCAUCACGAAGCUCCACGGCAAGGAUCUUUUUGACGUCUGGCGUCAGUGUAUCUUGUGCCACCUCAUUUUGUGGAAGGAAGGGGUCUAUCAUCGAGAUAUCAGCCCUGGAAACUUGAUGUGGUACAGGAAAGACGGUAGACUGAUCGGUGUCUUAAACGACUACGAUUUAUCCUCGUUGGCGAAUGCGGUGGGUCCUCAGGGAAACGAGCGUACGGGCACCGUACCGUUCAUGGCCCUCGAUCUUCUCACCGAAGAGGGUCAACAAGGCAAAGUGAAACACCUAUAUCGCCACGAUUUGGAAUCGUUUAUGUGGGUUUUUGCCUGGAUCUUCUUGCGUUAUAGGCAGGGAGUCCUACUGCAGAGAUUGCGCCCUCUCGACGAGUGGGCGACUCUAGGCGCUAUUGCAUGUCGCAAAGAGAAGUCAGACUUUCUGAUGGGUUUUGUCAAAUACCGACCCCCGGACCUCCAAUCGGCCAUGGAUAUAUCUUUAUGGGCUCUCCUUGUGGGCUGUUUUCGGGUGCUCCAGGCAGCUAACUCCAAUCUGGUUGAUGACGUGUACUAUAACCUCGGUGUUGAGCAGGGAUUGACGGAGGGAACAUACGAGCAGAUAGAUGCCGAGGAAACAGUAUCGGAUAUGGAUGAUUUACUAGGCAAAUUCACAAGUAUCAGGGAGUGGGUUAAGCUCAGCAAACCUUCAUAG